AAGUUCGCUUCUACGGGUCUGCUGGAGCUGGGAGAGGGAGAAAGACCGAGAGCACUCAGAGGGACAGGGGGCGGUCCCCAAAUUCUCUCCACACCGUUGGUUCUGGGCUCUAAGACCAACAGGAUCCACCAACACCCGAAGACCUGCCCAGGCGUCCAAGCAGGGCACCCGUCUUCAGACCCUGUUGGAGCCUGUGCUAACCACACCCGCCGGAGGCUUCACCGUGAGAUCUCCAAGGUCUCACUGUGCCCGCGCCCCGCCCGCACCGCGGACCGCGCCGCUAGAGCAUCGCGUGUGAGGUUCCACAAGGAGGAGGCCAGCUGCGCGAGUUGCCACACUGGUUGCCUCACGGAUUGUUGGAAAGAGAAGAAGCAUCCGCCUCCCCUGCACAACUCCACCAAAAUGGCUGCUUUUGGACACACAUUCCCAUUCUAUCCUGGCCCCAAGCCAACCUUCCCAAUGGACACCACCUUGGCCAUCAUCGUCAUCAUCUUUCUGACUGCACUUGUCACUUUCAUCAUCAUCCUGCCUGGCAUUCGGGGAAAAAUGAGGCUGUUCUGGCUACUUCGGGUGGUGACCAGCUUAUUCAUCGGAGCUGCAAUCCUGGCUGUGAAUUUCAGUACUGAGGGUUGUGGCCAGGCCAGCAACAAACACUCAUACAAGGCCUUCAGUUCCCAGUGGAUCAGCGCUGAUGUUGGGCUCCAGGUUGGGCUGAGAGGAGCCAAUGUCACACUCACAGGGACCCCAGUGCGGCAGCUGAAUGAAACCAUCAGUUACAAUGAGGAGUUUACCUGGCAUCUAGGCGAGCACUAUGCUGAGGAGUAUGCAAGAGCGCUGGAGAAGGGGCUCCCAGACCCUGUGCUCUACUUGGCUGAGAAGUUCACCCCAACAAGCCCAUGUGGCCUGCAUGGCCAGUACCGCCUGGCAGGAUACUACACCUCGGCCAUUCUGUGGGUGGCAUUCCUCUGCUGGCUGCUGGCCAAUGUGAUGCUGUCCAUGCCUGUGCUGGUCUACGGGGGCCACAUGUUGCUGGCGACAGGCACCUUCCAGCUGUUGGGACUACUCUUCUUCUCCAUGGCCACGUCACUCGCCCCACCCUGUCCUCUGCGCCUGGGCACUGCUAUACUGCACAUUCACCGGCCUGCCUUCUGGAUUACACUGACCACAGGACUGCUUUGUGUGCUACUGGGCCUGGUCAUGGUGGUGGCCUACAGGAUGCAGCCCCAUAGACUGAAGGCUUUCUUCAAUCAGAGUGUGGGGGAGAACCCUGGGCUGGAGUGGAAUCCUGAGGAAGGGGGACUCCUGAGCCCUCGCUAUAGGACCACAGCUGAGAGUCCUGUGCCCCAGGACAUUCCUCUGUCAGAGGCUUCCUCCAGGGCAUGCAUCAAGGAGGAGCACCUCAGAGUACCUGACUGUGCCCUAUAAGGUUCCUCUACCAGGUGGCCACCAUGAUUUCCAAUCUGGCUCCAGACCUCCUUUGAGUUCCAUAAAACCAUCAGAACUGCCCACAGGACCUAAUGUCUCACCCCUCCAGCCCUGGUCUGGAGGUGGAGUAGAAAUGGAGACUCUACCUAUUAGUGUUACACGAAUAAAACAAAACAAAAUAAACACCUAUGGUGCUGAACAGAUGUUGGGGCUGCCCGUAAACCUCGUCACAUGGUAUAACCAAAUGUUUCCACAAGCAACUCUGCCUUUCUUUGAUGCUUUGCCUCUUUGCCACUUAUUAAAAUCCAGUUUAUCCACAUAAUGAUGUGUGUGCGUGCAUGUGUGUGUGUGUGUGAGUGUGUGGAGCAGGUCACAGCAUGAUUCUGUGUUCCCUCUGAUCCCAUACAUUUCCUGUUUUCCUUUUUCCUGGGCCCCCUUUGUUCUUCCUUUACUUCCUCAGCUUGUAUGACCUCUUGGUACAAUGCAAGACAGCACUCUGAGGAAAAAGAAACCAAACUCUUACCCCAGGCCUAAUAUUAAUGAGCUGUGCCACGUUCUCUUUGAGCUUCAGCUCUCAAAUUUGCCAAAUAAAAUUGUAGAAGUUGCCAAAGGACCUUAAAGAAAAAUCCCAGGAUUCACAUUUUUAUGGUUUGCUGACAUCUACCUUGGGCCUCAGACACCAUUUCGUAGUGAAUAAACUCCAAAAUGCCAUUCCCGCCUAGCUCACUUAGCCGGGCCGGCAGAGAAGGAUCCCCAUGGGUGGGUCCCAGGUGAGUGGGUC